ACAGUAUAAUAUCUCUGUGUGUGUGCGUGUGAGUUAGUUAGUUAGUUAUUAACUAUCAGAUGAGGUGACAACCUCUUUAUCCUCUAUAUAGAUGGAGGAGUUUAUAAUUGGACUUUAACAUAAAACAAGUUGAUGCUGCAUGGCUGAGAUUACGUUUUAUCACCAAGAUCCAGGUCAGUUAAAUAAAGGGGUCAUGGGGAAACAUAUUACCCACACCCUCAUCAUUCCAGAGGGGGAAUAGCUCAGAUUCUGAACAAUGGACACACACACACACACACACACACACACACACACACACACACACACACACACACACACACACACACACAGAGAUAUAUGUUUAAGUAAUCAGAGGUGGUCAGUUGUCACUUUGUAUAAUGAGAUAUCUCUACCUGCAUGGUGUUAGUUUAGUGUCAGUCUUCUCAUACCCCCUGACAGUUGAACUGUCAAUAAAUGCCAGCAUAUUCAUUAUUGAAAAUAAUCUCAUAAUGAAGACCUCUGUAAAUAUGUGAGCAAUUGAUAGGCUAUUAGAGGAAAUGUUAUCGGUUGGGAUGUUUAAUAGAAGUAAUGCCCGAGGGGGAGGGGCCAGGGCUGUUAAUAAAGUAUAAGACCCCCUUAGAAGAAGAAUGGAUCACAUUUAAUAACGAACUCAUUGUGUUCCCCUGCGCCGCUCGAGCCUGACAGAGACGCGCUCCAAAAUGCAGCGGCAUCUAAUCGUACAGAUUUUUUUGCCAUCCUUUUUGAAGAUCUGCACCGGGGCAGAUUGGUGCUACCAGUCCCAGCAUACCUGUGCCACCCCUUGUAAUGGACCUGAGAAGUGGUAUCAUGCCAACAAAGACUGUGAAGGCAUAGCCCAAUCCCCCAUCAACAUCGUCCACAGGAAGACCCUACCAGAUGAGCGCCUCACACCCUUCCAGUUCAGAAAAUACCAGGAUUCCUUCCGUGGCCUGAUCAAAAACAAUGGACACUCUGUUCAGGUGAACGUGCCUCACCAACCGUAUGUGAUUGGUGGAGACCUGGAGACGCCCUAUAAGGUAGUGCAGUUCCACCUGCACUGGGGAAAGAACGGAGGACCAGGGUCGGAACACACUAUUGACGGAGAGCAGUACCCCAUGGAGCUGCAUAUUGUUCACAUGAAUGAGGAAUACUCAAAAUUGGAAGAUGCCUUGAAAGACCCUAUAGGAGUUGCAGUCCUUGGAUUUUUCUAUGAGGAAUCCCUCAGUGCCAACAGAAAAUAUGAUCCUGUUGUAAGAGCCCUCCAGACCAUCAUGACGACUGGUGCCAAUACAACUCUGGUCUCAGUUUCUCUGGAACAGCUGAUUCCUCCCCAGCAGAACCUAACCAACUACUACCGCUACAAGGGCUCCCUCACCACCCCCGGCUGUACUGAGUCUGUGAUCUGGACUGUGUUCGAGAAGCCCAUCCCUCUCAGCAGAGACCAGCUGCGGGUGUUCUCAGACCUCCAGUUUAAGGAUGGCAAGCCUAUGGUGGGUACAUUCCGGCCGGUGCAGCCCCUGAAUGGCCGCGUGGUGUACCGGUCGGGAGGCGUUGUGGUAGUGGCCAGCACUGCAAUCCUCAUGGCCUCCUUCACCAUGGCGAUGGGACUGUCACAGCCCAACUAGAGGAAGGAAGGCUUUCUGAGUGAGCCGCACCACGACAUGCAUGAACACAAUGAGUUCUCAAAACCAAAAACCAAACAACCAACUGACAAACUAAAGUACAGCACCAACCAACAGCCAUGCCCUAAACAUUCAGCCUGAAAACCAACACGCCCCAGGCCCUUACGAUACAUCAUAGUGAUUCAUGAGUUCUAGAGUUCUUGAAUUAUCGAGUUCUGUAGCUCGAGUUCUAAAGUUCACAAGUCCUACAGUCCAUAGGUUCAACCUCCCUCACCGUCCAAUGUCAGAUCAAUUUAGAGUCCUCAGCCUAAAUUUACAAUACAAAAUGUGAGGAGCCUCUGCUCAGUGCUCAGGUCGUUGGGUCGCUGCACUAGAGUCUAAACAUAGACGUCAAUAAAUCCAUGACCUAGUUGGUACUAGACUGGCACGUGACCAUGUUCUUAGAACGGAAUGUGUGAAUGGUUUGUCAUAGCUAAUAAUAGAUAGCACUCAUAAAUACUCUCCAGUUAAAACCUAGGAGAGGAGAAGAGAGAGAUGCCAUGGCCUUGCCUUUCCCUCUGCAUUGCCCUCUGCAACUCCUAUUUCCACCACCACUGUCACCAGUCAGGUGGGGAUUCUAUGCCACCCACCACGGGCCGGGCAAAUUAUCUGAGGGGUGAGGGGAACGGAGGUCCCCUAGCUCCAGGUGAAUCACCCACCAUAGGGUAAUAGAAGGGCACAGGCUGAUGAUGAUCGCAACGGACCAUGCUAUUCUGUGUGUUACCGAGUUAAGAGGCUGAACUGUCCCUGUCCCGACUCCCAGAUCCCCAGUCACAUAUGAGUUCCACGAGGAGGAGAUGGAGGAUAAUAAUGAUGAUGAUGCAGUGAUGGGGCGAAGAGCUUGUCGGCUCCCUGCAAAACUGUUCUGACAUUAGGUCAUGAGGCAAGUGACAGGGGGAUUCUGAAGCCGCAGUUUCUAGAAGCUAAAUACAGCAAUGUUUAAGAUAAAUAAUUAAUUAAUAAAUAGAUAGAUUAAUCAAUUGAUUUGAAAAAUUUACUUAUUGAUUGAUACUUAUUGAACCAUUGUCAUUACAGCGUUCUGACCAAUUAUCCAUUUAGCAUUGAUCUGCAUGUUCUCUCGUGCUGUAAUCUUGCUGUAACAGAACUACAGUACAGUACCAUACAGACUGUACAACUGUAGCACAGCUUUCUACCCAGCCACCAUGGACACUUCAGUAACUUUAUACUCCUUCUCCACCAGCUAGGCCAAUUAAACUGUCUCAGCUUCAUCUUUGCGAACAUGCGACUUGUGUCCAUGGCUUGUACUGCAGGGUCUCGGAUGCAUUGAAUUAUACCCACUGUGAAUUAUUAC